AUAGAUGGUCGGCCCCUCUGCUCCCCUUCCCACCAGCCUCAGCUGUCGGCUCCCUUUCCUGACUUCCCCACCCUGCCCCCGGUGCCAUGGCGUCCAGCGAGGAGGACGGCACGGUUGAGGAGAAGGAAAACAACAACAAGAAGAGAACGAAGAGCGCCCUCACCACCGCAUGGCUCACCUUCUACAACAUCGCCAUGACCGCCGGGUGGCUGGUUUUGGCCAUGGCAAUGCUGCGCUUCUACAUCAAAAAAGGCACACACAAGGGUCUGUACAGAAGUAUAGCAAGGACACUCAAGUUUUUCCAGACGUUUGCUUUAGUUGAGGUGGGACAUUGUGCCAUUGGAAUUGUGAGGACUUCUGUCAUUGUCACCGGGGUUCAAGUGUGUUCGAGGAUUUUCAUGGUUUGGCUCGUUGCCAGUAGCAUCAGACAGAUCCAGAAUGAAGAAAGCGUAAUCCUUUUCUUGGUCGUGUGGACGGUGACAGAGAUUACCAGAUAUUCCUACUACACAUUCAAGCUGCUCAACCACCUGCCAUACUUCGUCAAAUGGGCCAGAUACAACUUCUUCAUUGUCUUGUACCCACUGGGAGUCAUAGGAGAGCUGCUCAGCAUUUAUGCUGCCCUGCCGUUCGUACGCAGAUCGGGGAUGUACUCCAUGAGGCUCCCCAACAAGUAUAACGUGUCGUUCGACUACUACUACUGCCUCAUCAUCGUUAUGCUGUCCUACAUCCCACUGUUUCCCCAGCUUUACUUCCACAUGCUGCGGCAGAGGAGGAGAGUGCUUCACGGCGAAGUCAUCGUGGAGAAGGAUGACUAAAUGAGAUCCACCUAACGCUUUGUUUGAGCCAGCCUGCCUCCACGUCACCCUCACCUCCGCUCCACCUCGACCCUGAUGAGCAGCUGACAGUCUGUCGUACGAGAUCCAUAGCUGAUGAAUAGAAAAGACAAAAACGUGGGAUUCCCUCAGCUAUAUAAAGCUGAUUCUGACAUAAAAAUUUGCAAGACAUUUGUUUACAGUCCAAAUGUUGCUGGAGUUUGAGAGGAGUCUUUUACCCAUCCAGCCCGGAGCCAUCCCAAAACCGAAAAGAAAAUUCACCACUCUAAUAUGUUUUUCUCAACAAAAAGUCAGUUUGGCUGCACAAAAAAUAAGGUUUCAAAAAUAAUUUCACUCGGUUCUAUCAUACCUCACAAUAAAUCUACGUUUAGACAAUGUGUUGCUGCUUUUGUGUAUGUUUGUUUUAUCUAUUUGUUAAAGAUGCAAUGUGAAAUGAGUGGCUGAUUCGAUUUCUUAAAUGGUGCACAUGCUGUAAUCAUGUGGAGCCAGCACAGCUUUAACUUAACACUUAGCUUGGCUCAGCUCCUGUCUUCUUUAAUGUUUCAAUGUUUACUGUUCCAUUCAUUCAGAAAAGCCCAUCUUAAGUUGAUUCUAGUUUUUGCAGAAAUGUUUUCUGUUGGCCGGUUUAGACGACUAAUUGUUAGCGCAUUGUCUUCACUCUGUCUUGUGUUUUAAUGCUAAGAAUCUGGUGUCCUCGCUGACAGAGCGCUACUUCCUCCGACUAAAGGUGCUAUUGUGAGAUCUUUUCAAUCUUCUGUGCAGCUGAAAGUGCGACUGCGAUUGGAGUUGACCCAAAGCAGGAAAGCAGGAUGUGAAAGAUUGAAUGGAAAUGUUGGUUAAUGAACUGCUUAUGUUAUCAGAAAGAGUUGAUGGGUUUUAUUCGGUUACAAAUGAAGACAAAAAAAAAAGGGGGGAAAAAAGCUUAAUGCAGCAAGAAAGUUAUUUUUAAGGGAAAAAAAGGAAAAAUGUGAAAAUACUUUUUGUGCAAAGUGAAUAAACACAAUGCUACAACACCAAGGAACA